AUGGCGUUGUCGUUGGCUUACGACACAAUGUAUACCAACAAAACUAAGGUGGAUAGAAUUUUUGGCAUCCGCGAUUGGCGGGUUUUAAUCCAUGAUUCCCUUCACAAUUCGGAUCACCGUCCCAUGGCAAAAGGUCGGAAGGAAGGCGAGCACUGGACAGCCUGGGCCUUCGACAUGAAGUCCAACCGCUCCAUCUUCUACCUUCACAUGUACAAGGCUGGGCGAGCGGCGAAAUUUGGCGCAGAUACACGCAAGACAUUUCGGGCGUACGAGUACGACCUUCUAUGGAGCGGAGAGGUGACAGCGAAAUAG